AAGUUUUGUCAGCUGCAGUGUGUAUGUGUGUUUGUGUGUUUGUGUCAGUGUGGGAGAGAGAAAUCGGCGUGCGCGUGAGAAUUUAUUUAUGAGAAACCGUCUGAACUAAAUUAUUUGUACUAAAUAAUAUUUAAGGCAGCUUUGCUGAAACCACAGGAAAACACCCCUGAAGAAAGCCGGACUGUCACCAUGGUUGCCACAAGCACUCUGAAGACCAAAAGCAGCGAAUGCAUCUCAGAGCUGGUCGACAGAAGAUAUGACCCGGCUUGCAUUGAGAAAGAACUGGAUUUCUGGGAUCACUGCUUGGCCGAACCCCAGAGGAACGCAGAUGUCACUGAGGACAGAACUUGUCAACAGCUGGCUAAGAUGUUUGAAAACUGCCUGUCACGAGCAAAGAAGACAACGCUGCACUGCUCCUCUGUGCUGGUACCAGAGAAGCUCACGCGUAGGAUAGCUCGUGAAGUCCUGCGGCUGGCGUCUUGCGAGCCCUGCGGCCUUCGAGGCUGCGUCCUCUACGUCCACCUGGAGCUGGACAAGGGCUGCAAGCGGCUGGAGCGCAUCGUGUACGAUGCCACUGUGGUGCCCACAUUCGAGCUGACGCUUGUCUUCAAGCAGGAUGGCACUGCCUGGCCCAGCCUACGGGACUUCCUAUUUAUGGGGACCUGCUUUGCACCGACUUUUAGGCAUGCACUUAAACUGAGUCCAGGUUUCCGGCUCGUCAAGAAAAAACUGUACUCCUCCUCGGCUGGCACCGUGGUAGAGGAGUGCUAAACUAUGGGAGGGAUUAGAGUGGGAUAUCGGGUUUCCUGUGGGUAAACGCACUUCUGCCCAAAUGUAAAUGACACUCAAGCAGUGUCAUGUUUUCUACAAUGUUUUUGUACAAUACUGUUUGUCAGUUCAACUAUUAGUAGCCAGUCAGUUCAGUUUGGAACUUGGGAUGUAAAGUUAAAAGCUUAAAACAUAAAUGAGCCUGAUAGUUCUGGGUUUGGCUUCAGUGUUUCUAAGUGCAUUUUUUUUUUUAUCAGCACAAUUGUAAUAUUCUGGAUGUUUUUCUCCCUAAUCAGAGCAUUUGUUGCUCAAACACAGUUUUGAAUUGUGCAUUUUGCAGAUGAAUGUAAAACAAUGUUCACUUCAACAUGUUUGAGAGGGACAUACUGUGGGUACACUUUUGUUAACGACACUAGCCACUUUGAAUGUGUUCAGCAGCAGUAAACACACCGAGGCUUGAAUAGGAGACUGAUAUUGUAGCUUGUUGUGCAAUGCUGUAUUUAGGGCUGUGGAUGUUUUUUAAAGACUGAAUGUCCUGUGAAGAUGCUGCUGUCAUGGUGUGGGCUCAUCACACUAGGGGAAUGUGGAUGCCUUAAAUGUCAUGAAAAUGUACUUUUUUUUUUUUUUACUCAGAUCACAGCUGUGUGUUUAGUGUAAUUGUUUUAUUGCAUUUUUAUUUUUAUACCCCCACCCUUCCCCCAGACACAUCUUUUAAAUGCAGAACCUAGAGGUGUUUCACCCAAAUGUAAAAAGCUUAUUUGUUUUGUUUUUUUUUAUAAUUCGUUAACUCGGACACGCAAAGAAAUAACCAGAGGUCCAGCGAGUAGUUUGUGAUUUUUGGUGAGCUCCCGAAUUUUUUUUUUUUUGUUCAUUUAAUUUUUUAAAUGCCAUUUGAACCUCCUGUUGAAGGAAACUAGUUCUUGUCUAUUUGACAAUAAAAAAUUGAAACUUCAUUUCACA